AUGAGUGAAACUACAAAGGAGAAUGCAAACCUUAUACCAGAAAAAGAUGGGUUGGACAAGGGCAUCACAAAAGUAGAAAAGGCAAGAAACAGGAUGAUUGCUGAGGGAUAUAAAUAUCAAGCCUUGGAUGGAAGUCUGUCCAGCUCAGGCUCCGAAUCUGACAUCGGUAAGAUGGAUCGGUGUAGGAGGGAUCGGUUAGGACUAUGUUAUUCAACGAAGAAGAAGUCAGGAGAAUGGAAACAGAGACAUCAACAGUUCCUCUGUUUCCUUGUCUUUGCCAUUAUCCUGAUAGCCAUUUUGUCGAGUGUUGUCAUCUGGCAGUACCAGAAUCGGUAUAAAGGAGAUGGGGAGGUGUGUAAUACGUCGUCAUGUGUGAAGACGAGCGCCUACAUUCUACAGAAGAUGGACACCUCCGUUGACCCCUGUAAUGAUUUCUAUAAUUACGCAUGUGGUGACUGGAUUAAAACAACAGUUAUCCCAGAAAGCAAACCAAAAUAUGGAACAUUCCAAGCCAUUCAAGAUCAAAUCACUGAAGACCUUAAAAAGGUAUUUCAAUCAGACAGCAUUGUACCUGCUGUAAUUAAUGAGUUUGGAUCCUGGACUCUGACUGACAACACAGAACCAUGGGAUAACAGUUCCUGGAAUUUCAUGGAUACUUUGGUGAAAAUAGCCAGUACUGGAUUAAACGAACCACUGCUGGGAAUGGGUGUCAGUAACGACGACCGAAACAACACUGUCAACAUUAUAACACUUUCACAGAGUGGUCUCACCCUAGGAUCCUGUGAACUGUAUUACACUAACAAUUCUAAGUACAAGGAACUGAAGGACGCCUACAUAAAUUAUGGCACCAAUUGGACAGUUUAUGUCGGAGGCAAGGAAAGUGAAGUCAGGACGAAGAUCGAGGCAGUUUACAACUUUGAACAGCAGCUAGCAUUAAUUUACAGAACAAAGAAAGAACUACAAGAUCCCGUGAAAACUUACAACAAAAUGACAAUUAAAGAGCUUCAGGACAAGUACUUAGGGACUGACUCUAUGAUAAAUAUACAUGACUACCUCAAUGGUGUAUUUGGAAGGGAGUUAGCAGAUGAUACACAGAUCCUGGUGACCACACCACAGUACCUGAAAGAUCUCACCCCUCUUCUGGCCAAAACACCAAAGAGUGUUUUAGCCGACUACAUGGUCUUCACUUCUGUCAGUUUAUUAUCUGGAUAUUUACCCCAGCGUUUCUCUGAUCUUUCACUCAUCCUGGCCAAGGUGGAGACAGGUGUGUCCAAACUUGAUCCUCGCUGGAUGCGUUGUAUGAACAAAGCUGUUGCUACUGUAGGAUAUGGUGCAGGAGCUCUGUAUGUGCAAGACUACUUUGCCGAGACAAGCAAAGCCCAGGUGGAAGAUAUACUGGAACAAGUGAGGGCAGCUUUUAUUUCAAAUCUCCCAAGCGUGACAUGGAUGGAUGACGCGACACGAGAGAAGGCUGUAGAGAAAGCAGAAAAAGUCAGCAAAAAAAUUGCCUACCCGGACUGGAUCCUUGAUCCUGUUAAACUCGACAAGUAUUACGAAAAUCUUACAGUAACACCUGCAAAAUUUGUAAAGAGUGUAUUCCAAAUUUUAGAAUACAGCGUUCGUAAAAAUCUGGACAAACUUGGCAAGCCUCCAGACCCUAAUGAGUGGGCCAUGAUGCCUACUGAAGUCAACGCCUACUACUCACCUAUAUACAACAGCAUCGCUUUCCCUGCUGGAAUUUUACAAAAGCCUUUCUUUGACCCAGAAUUCCCAAUUCCAUUUAACUACGGUACAGUUGGGAUGAUCAUUGGCCAUGAGUUAACACAUGGGUUUGAUAAUUCAGGACGAAAAUAUGAUCUUAAUGGUAAUUUACAUAACUGGUGGACUAAUUCCUCAAUACUUGGAUUUAAACGAAGGACAGGUUGUAUGGUGAAACAAUAUUCAAGUUAUGAGGUAGAAGGUGUCCAUAUACGAGGGGACACCACUCUAGGAGAAAAUAUAGCUGAUAAUGGAGGGUUGAAAACUGCAUACCAGGCUUACAAGAAGUGGAGGAACAGUCAUUCUGAUGAUCUGCUUAAGUAUCCUGGUUUGGAACUUGAUGAAGAUCAACUGUUUUAUGUGGGAUUUUCUCAGCUGUGGUGUUCCUACUAUACACCUGCCUACGCUAAACAGUCUAUUCUAAUUGAUGAACAUACCUAUGCAAAAUACAGGGUCAUCGGAGCCUUGUCUAACUCAGAUGCCUUUGCCAGAGCCUUCCACUGUCCACGGAACUCGCCCAUGAAUCCAGACCAUAAAUGUGUAAUUUGGUGA